CUCAGCUGAUUACCUGUGAGAGAUGUUCAGUAAUGUUGAUUAAAUCGGUACAUUUUGUAGAGUGUUCCAUACUACACGAUUAGUUUUAUCAUUCGUAGUCGUAAUAAAGGUUCAAAGUAUGCACGAUGCCAUUUUUUGAAGCGCAACUUCGAGUUUAGUGCAUUUUAUUUUCGAGAAUUUUGAUUACAGAAUAGAAUGGUUAAUUGGUUUAAAUUGUUAGCGUUGAAAAGUGUAAAAGUGCAGUGAAGGUAUCAUUAAAAUAAAAAUCAAUUUGAUGAAAUCAAUCAUCAAUGUGUGAUGAUUAAUGAGAUUAAUAACACUACUUGGAAUUUUAUUUUGAAAGUUUUGAUCAUCCAAGUAUUUGAAUUCUAAUUCAUCGUAGAAGUGUCGAUUGAUUGUGAAUCGUUGAAUUAAAGUUUUACAAAAUGAACGUACAAAUAUCCUGCACCAUUUGUCAAGAAGAUUUAUUUACUGGCGAAGAUAACGAAGCGAUUAGUUCAACGAAAUGUGGUCAUGUGUAUCAUCAUCGAUGUCUCCUUCAAUGGAUGGAAAGAUCACAAACAUGCCCUCAUUGCCGUACUGGUCUGGGGAAUAAUGGUAUUUUCAAGUUGAAUUUAUUUAUUGGAGAAACAUCCGCAGCUCCAAGUAUGGCAAAAUUCGAAGAAAUGGAGAAUUGGGUGAAACAUCUUACGAAUGUCGAAUCUGAUUUGAAAAUAAGAUUAGAGAACAGCGAAAUUGCACACAGUAAAUUAAGGAAUAAAACAGUUGAAUUGGAAGCUCGUGUGCAAUAUCUCGAGAAUACCGAAUCAAAUAUGAGCGAAGAAUUGAAGAAGAUUGUCGAAAAAUUAAAAUUAUUGGAAAAAGACAACAAAAGUGCGAAGUCAGCCGGUGAAAAAUUAAAGACUCGAAACAAGAAACUUGAGGAAGAAGUGAAGUCGCUUUGUCGUAAAGAAUCCAGUUUGAAAAAGGAAUUAGCGCAGACAAAUUUGAAAUUGCAAGAAAUGGAAAAAGAUCUCGAUAAGUCGAUUUCGAUCAACGAGAAAUUAAAUAAAAAAAAUACAGAAUUGAAGCGUAGUAUUGAGCGUAGUAUUGAAGAACACUUGCAAGUUGAAGCCGAUUUGGAAAACCAGUUAGACAUAAAAACUGAAAAAUUAAAAAAUCUCAUCAAAGAUUUGAACAAUGAAAAACUGAAGUAAACGAAGUUUCCAGAGAAAAAUUGAGAGCCUAAAAGAUGAACUAGCAAUGGAACAAAGUAAAAUACGAUGCAAUUAUACUAGAAAAUGAAACAUUUUGGUCAGAUUGAAAACUACGAGUGUAGCAUAAAGUUAGCUAGUGUAUAAUAUUUUUUUUUUUUUUAAAUUUUUAAAAUUUUUUUACGGUUGUUAAAGAAGUAGACACUUUAUAAAGAGUGUUUACAAAAUCAAAGAAACUAUUGAAAUGGUAUUUUUUUAAAGUUUGGUACAUUUUGAAUUUUUUUUUCUUCGUUCAUUGAGUUCUCGAAAGUCACUCAAAAGUGUGUCCUAUAGGUAGGUACCUAGGAUGUGUUAGAAAAAUGAUUCCAUGAAAUUAUGUAACCUGUGAUAUCAUCUAUUCAGUAAAUCGUCGUGAUUUUUUUUUUUUUUGAUUGGCGAUCUUAUUUUAUAAACACCUACCUUACCUACCUGUGCUAAUUUAUUUAUUAUUAAAAGAACACAAACAUAUAAUUUAGAUAUUUUAUGGUUUUUUAAUCGAAUUAGGUAUUUUAAUGCAUUUUUAUUCAGAUGUGAUAAUUUUUUACCGUUAUUUUCUUCUGUUUUGUUUUAAAUAAUUUACGAAUUUGAAAUUUACAAUAAUUAUUAAUUAAUAUAGGCUGCCUAUUGUUUUAACAA